CUGUUACUUGUGUCAGCUUAUCACCAAAAUAUUUGUAGAUUUAAUUUAUUAUCGAUUUUUUGGAACUGAAAUUAUUAAAAUUAUAAAUAAUGGGCAGUACUGCAAAGGCUAUAGUUACAGGUUUUAUAUGUAGGCUGUGUUCGGAACAGAAAAAAGUGGUUAUUCAUCUAUACACCGAAAGAGCUAGAAAAUUAGACUUAUUGAAUAAAGUUAAGCUUAUGCCUAUUUCUCUCAAAAAGUACGAUAAUUUACCAAAAACAAUAUGCGAACAAUGUAUACAACGUCUAGAAGAUCAAGUGAAAUUACUAGAGAAAGUAAAGAAAAACCACGAAAUUCAGAGAAGACAUAGACUGUAUCAUAGCAAUGGUCAGUGUCCUGUGCAAUGUCCUUUACACAAUGUUAAUUGGCCUUAGAAGAGGAGAAAUAAGAAGGAUCCUUUACUAAUUGGUUUUUAUUAAAUUGUAUAUACUUAUUGGAUUUAGAUUAACAUUUUUUAAAAAAUGUAUUUGCAAGCGUGUCUUUACACAGGUUUUAGUUACUAUUGUUAUUUGUUACGAUGUCACCUUCAUAAUGAUACCCACUUAAAUAUUUAAAAGAAGUACUUGGUAUUGAAAUUAACUUAAAAUUCUUAAUAUCAUUUAUCUCGUUUACAAAGAUAAGAUAAAAACCACCCCAAUUACAUUAAUGAGGAAAGCUCAAAUUACAUUAAUGGAACAAAAAAUUGAAAAUUCAUUCAGCAAAAAAGUUUCAUCAUUCCUAUCAUUAUCAUCACAUACCUAAUUAUUUCUUUAAUUAUAUUGAAUAUAAUUUAACUU